AUGAAACCAGUUUUGGUAUACUGGGAUAUUAGAGGAAUUUGUGAAUCAUCUCGGCUUCUGCUGCGUUAUCUUGGAGAGGAUUUUGAGGAGAAGAGGUACAAAUGGGGUCCUGCCCCUGCAUUUGAUCCACGCGAAUGGCUUUCAGUGAAGUAUUCCCUAGGAUUGGAUUUCCCUAAUCUACCGUAUUUGAUUGAUGGGGACUUUAAAUUGACCCAAUCCAGCGCUAUCCUCGAGUACAUUGCUGACAAACAUGGAAUGAUUCCGGCUUGCCCUGCACGGCGUGCAGCCUUACAUAUGCUUCAUAAUGAAGUGUAUGAUUUUCUAAUGGACUUUGGUGUGGUGUGCUACAGCCCCGAUUUUGAAAAACUGAAACCCGGUUUCCUAGAGAGAGCUUCUCGGAAGCUGGAUGAAUUCGAGAAAUACCUGGGUGAAAAUCAGUGGCUUACGGGAGACGAGAUUAACUACCCAGAUUUUAGUCUCUGUGAAUUUUUGAACCAACUGAUCAAGUUCGAGCCUGCCUGUCUGGACAACCACCCGAAGCUGAAGGCCUACCUUAACCGCUUCGAGAGUUUGCCGAACAUCAAGGACUACAUGGCCUCGAGUUCGUUCAAGUCGAGUGGUUGCAACGGCGCUACGGCUACUUGGAGAGGAGAUGGCUAA